AUGGACAUGUUGCAGAUACUACGUAAAACCACAGAGCGCUUAGAGUGUGAUCACUGCAGCUUCAGAGGAACGGACUAUGAAAACAUACAAAUUCAUAUGGGUACCAUACACCCAGAGUAUUGUGAUGAAAUGGAUGCUGCUGGUUUGGGUAAACUUAUAUUUUAUCAAAAAAGUGCAAAACUGUUUCACUGCCACAAAUGUUUCUUUACCAGCAAGAUGUAUUGCAAUGUAUAUUAUCACAUCACAGCACAACAUGCAGCACCUGAGAAGUGGAACGAGGAGAGGAAAGAACAGGUAGAAGGAGAUUCAGAUUCCUCCAAAAAAAGCGUCACAUUGGAGCCACAGAGACCUACCCUUUCCCCUGAGUCGCGCAAACCUGCCCUUUCUCCUGAGUGCCCCAAAUCUGAACCUGUUGUUUCCCCCAAGCUUCAGAAAUCUUCAGUGUCCCCAGAGCCGCAGAAGUCAGCUCAGGCGACUUCCUCAGAGCCAGAGAAGUCAGCCCAGGCCACAUCCCCAGAUCCAGAAAAGUCAGCCAAGGCCACAUCUCCAGAUCCAGAGAAGUUGGCCUCAGCUCUGUCCCCAGACUCGGAGAAGCUGUCUCCUGCUGUGUCCCCUGACCCACAGAAGCUUUCUCCUGCUGUGUCCCCUGACCCACAGAAGCCAUCUCCUGCUGUGUCCCCCGAUCCCCGUCGGCAUUCUCCUGCUGUAUCGCCAGAGCCCCGUCGCCAUUCUCCAGCUGUGUCUCCAGAGCCCCGCAGAUACUCCCCAGCUGUGUCACCAGAGCCAAAGAAACCUACUCCAGCAGUAUCCCCUGAACCACGAAGGUAUGCCCCAGCUGGGUCUCCGGAGCCCCGGAGGCAUCCUUCUCAAAUGCGUAGGCCUGCUUCUGCUUCUUCUCCUGAAACCCGGAGGCCUGCUCCUGCAGUUUCGCCAGAAUCUUGGAGACCUGGUCCGACUGUUUCCCCUGAGCCUUGGAGAUCUACACCUCACGAGGUGCAGAAGUCUUCCACAGUUUCUCCCUGGGCUCCAAAGCCUGCCAUGUCGGUGUCCGUAGAAUCCCGGAGGUCUGCCCCUGAGUCCCGAAGGCCUGGCCCCGUUGUGUCGCCAGAACCUAGGAGGCUUGUUUCUGACUCGUGGAAAUCUACGUCCUUUUCUGAAUCCCAAAAGUCUACUCUUGUUUCUUCUGAGCCGUGGAAACCUAUCUCAUCUGUUUACCCUGAAGGCUGGAAGCCUGUUCUGUCCCCUGACACGUGGAAGCAUUCUUCCCCUGUUUCUCCUGAGCUUCGAAAGUCUAGUCAUGCCGUUUCCUCUGACUCUUGGAAGCCUUCUUUCUUUCCUGAGGUCCGUAAGCCUGGUGCUUCGGUAUCUCCUGAAUCUUGGAAACUCUCUGAGUCCCGGAAAUCUAUGUAUUUUUCUGAAACUCAGAAAUCCACCUCUGCUGCUUCGUCUGAGGUUCAGAAACGGGCUCAUUUCCCUGAACCUCGGAAAAGAGCUCUGUUCCCCGAGUCUCGUAAAUCUAAUCCUACUGUUUCUACUGAUGUCCAGAAACGUGCUGUUUAUUCUGAACCCCAGAACCAGGUGUCUACUUCUGCUGUUUCUACUGAAGGCCAAAAACAUGCCUUAUGUUCUGAAGGCCAGAAAUUGGCUCUUGUUUCUUCUGAAGUCCAGAAGCACGCCCUAUUUUCUGAAGCCCAGAAACUUGCCUCCAUUUCCUCUGAAGUUCAGGAGCCUACUUGUUUUUCAGAGUCUCAGAAAUCUGCUUCUCCUGAAAUUCAGAAACAUGGCUUCUUUACAGAGUCCCCGAAACGUACUCCUUCUGUUUCUCCUGAGACCCCCAAACAAGCUGGUUUUACUGACUCCCAGAAAUCUGCUGUUUCCCCUGAUGUUCAAAAGCAUGCUAUAUUUUCUGAGAUGCAGAAGCCUGCUGCUGCUUUAUCCUCUGAUGUCCAGAGACAUGCUGAAACUACUGUACCUUCUGAAAUCCAGAAGAACAUCCUGUUUUCCGAGCCUCACAAGACUGCUCCAGGUUUUUCCUCCGAGCCCCAGACACCUAGUGAGUCUGGUGAGAGUGACUUUCUUUCUCACAGUUUAGAUGAUCAGAAACCACUGGAUGAUUUAUUCUCACAGGAUGAACAAUCAAUCUUAGCCAAAGACUCACCAGAAGACAUGUUGUAUUCAUGCCCGAAAAAGAAGCCCAAGAAGGAAAACCAGGAGAACUCAGAUUCUGAGCUAAAUAGCAGCGAGUGUGGAAAAACAGAGAUGGACUCGAUGGAGAUAAAGGAGCAAGAAUCCAACAGCGACCAAGACCAAUAUGAUAUGGAGUCAUCCGAUUACGGCAAAGAGGGCAAAAUAGAUGCCACUACUCCCAUGCAGCCACAGUGUGUGCUGCAGUUUACUGAAGAGAAAGAGGCUUUCAUCUCUGAGGAAGAAAUAGCAAAGUACAUGAAGCGUGGCAAAGGAAAGUAUUAUUGCAAAAUUUGUUGCUGUCGUGCAAUGAAAAAAGGUGCUGUCUUGCACCAUUUAGUUAACAAGCAUAACGUUCAGAGCCCAUACAAAUGUAAAAUAUGUGGCAAAGCUUUUCUUUUGGAGUCUCUUCUUAAAAACCAUGUUGCUGCUCAUGGUCAAAGUUUGUUGAAGUGUCCACGUUGUAAUUUUGAAUCAAAUUUUCCCCGAGGCUUUAAGAAACAUUUAACCCAUUGCCAAAGCCGUCAUAGUGAUGAUACACCUAAAAAACAUUUGGACAGCCUUGAACCACUUGAAGAACAAAUUUAA